AUGACAGAUUACCGUCACGAGGUGUCAACGCCCUUCCUCCUCUUUCUCUGCUCUGCGCUGGUGCAGAUGCGACUGAAGACGCUGGCUCACGCGCAGGUGUAUGCAGCGCUUUCGGGACUGCUGUGUGAGAGUGUCGUGGCCGGCGGCAAGUACUGUGCAGAGGCCAUCAUUGCCCCACUCAACCUCAUCGCCCUCCAGGUGCCACGGUCGGUGUUGGAGCCAGUGCGGCUGCAGGGCCUCUGCGUGCCGUUUCCGCUAGUGGAAUGCGGCGGGCCGGACGAAGUUCUGCUGCGCACUGGCACGGACACCCCUGGUGACGCAGACACCGAGGCGCCGCUGCAGGCAACCCUUUCUCUUCUCGAGACGGAUGUGAGCCAGACCCGCAUGGUGCGUUACGCCUAUCGCCUGCUGUCGCUGCUGGCGGAUGCCCUCCGCGGGGUCCCAGCCCUACCGUACUGCCUGACGGAACCCUUUUGCGCCCUGCACGAAAGGCUUGUGGCGACUGACGCGUGGCAGCCCUCGGCACACGUGCGCGGCGACCACGACGCGCUCCUCGCGAAGCUGACGCAACUCGCCGCCGAGGCACGCGACCGUCGCACACCGCUGACGAUGCGCUCCUUCCGCCCACGCCCCAUUCGUCAGUUUGAGCCACUGCUGCAGGAGGGCACGACAACGGCAUUGAAGAAUGAAGUGAGGGCGAUGAAGCGGGAGAUGCGAGAGGACCACAAGCGCGUCGUUCGUCACGUGCAGGCGGAGGCAAACGUCGGGCGGCGGCAGCGCGAGCGGGUGGCGGCGGCGGAGGAGGCGCAGCGCACGCAGAAGUACCGCGAGCUGAUGGGGUCACUGCAGGCGCAGCAACAUGUCAUGAACACCGUGGACGGACUCCUCGACAAGGCACGGUCAAAGAAGCGGAAGAGCAUCACCGGUCGCGCUGGCGGAGGCGCUGCGGAGGAGAAUGCUGAAAACUAA